AUGUGUGCGCCGCCAGCCUCGGGCCGGUCCGUCGGAGUCUUUUGGCCUUCCAAUCGUCAGCUUUGCAUCAAGGCACCAACCGCCGAGGGCGAGAGACCACCUCCCCCAACCAGAGUCCGCCACCUACACCAGGAACCUGCAAGCCACCGGGCUCCACUCGAGGGAGAAAGAACGGGAAUCCCACUCACCAACCGUCUUGAGCCAAUCCGCCAAAUCCACCAAACACAGCCAGAGAAGAAAGAAACCGGCAUCAGGGACAAGCCAGGCAGUCGCGGCGGCCGCCGGCCCGGCCUCGCCGACGCCGGAGGAGAUGUAGCCUACAAAGAGUGA